GAUUUAGGGGGAUUGAAUGAAUUUUAAAAAUUAAUUUUGAAUGAAUUUGAAGGGAGAAAAUAAUAAAAAUGUAAUGAAGAACUGUUCGUCGCUGGCUUAUAAAAUUGCCAAAAUGGGACCUAGAGCAAUGAAAUUUUGCGGUGUUAUUUUUAAGGGUGUCAGUUAUGUUGUUGCAAAAUUUGAAAAUUUUUGAUGAAUUAGUUUUCGGGUUAUGGUAGAAAAUUUGGAGGUACUCAAAAAUUAUUUAAAUUUG